GAACAAGUCCCGUGACAGACUUUUGGAGACCUCGCAGCGGUGUCUCCAUCAUCUCUUCCUUCUCCUUUGGCCUGCGGAUGGAAGCCACGGGAGCCGCCAUCUUCCGUACCCGAUCGGCCAUCCCCGCUGCCGCCGGCAGGGACGCGAGGGUCCCCUUCGCGGCCGCCAGGCGUCCGCGGAGGGCGUCGGUUUUACCGGUUGUGGCGGCCCUGGAGAACGGCGCCAGUGCGUCGGACAGCGUCUCCAAGAAGAGCGUAAGCGGCGGCGGCGGAGGCAGGGUGCCCAACUCCAACUACGUGGUGCCGUUCGAUCUGACCCCCUCCUUCUGUCGCCCCCUCAAGGAGAUCCUCCGGGAUCUCAACAAGAAAGUGCCCGACAACAUCAUCAACGCCGACGACAACUCCAUCCCUUGGUAUCAUGCUAAUAGAAUGCUGAGCUUCUACGCCCCAGGCUGGUGUGGAGAAGUACGUGAUGUUAUAUUCUCGGACAACGGGAAUGUGACAGUGGUAUACCGUGUUACAAUACGAGGAUUGGAUGGAGAGGCACACCGGGAGUCGACCGGAACAGUGUCUUCAAGCGAUGGGCAGUUCGAGGACCCGAUUGCAGCAGCUGAAGAAGUAGCCUUCUGCAAAGCCUGUGCUCGGUUCGGUUUUGGCUUGCAUCUUUACCACGAGAAUGAGGCAGUGUAGAAGAACAAUGUUUACAUCUAUCUUUACCAUGCAAACGAGGCACUGUAGGAUGAUAGCAUGGAUGGGAACUGACUUUUCCAGAUAAAAUUGAUGCAGUCGAGACGAGGUUUGGAUGUUGUAUCAUGUUCUUGAACCGAAAUAGAAGAAGAUAGUUAUAAUAUU